AUGGCGCGCAGACGAUCAAAGAAGAGAACCCAUGUCGGGGCCACCAACCCGGAAACGGACCCCGUGGGCCGCGCCUUGGCCAGCGACCCCAAGAGCAUGGUGAUUCGCAUCGGCGCCGGCGAGGUCGGCUCCAGCAUCAGCCAGCUCGCCGCCGACGUGCGGAGAGUCAUGGAGCCCGGCACGGCGAGUCGCCUCAAGGAGCGGCGCGGGAACCGUCUCAAGGACUACCUCGUCAUGUGCGGGCCCCUUGGCGUCACGCAUAUGCUGCUCUUCUCCCGCUCCGAGAGCGGAAACACAAACCUGCGCCUGGCUGCGACGCCGCGAGGGCCGACGAUGAAUUUCCGCGUCGAAAAGUACUCGCUGUGCAAGGACGUGCAGAGGGUUCAGAAGCACCCGAGAGGCGGAGGCAGCGAGUUUCUCACACCUCCUUUGCUCGUCAUGGAUAGCUUCUCGCGGCCCGAUUCCGAUGCCAAGUCGAAAGUGCCCAAGCAUCUUGAAUCCCUGGCCACCACCGUCUUUCGAUCCCUCUUCCCGCCUAUCAACCCGCAGGCCACGCCGCUCAAGUCGGUGCGCAGGGUCGUCCUUCUCAAUCGCGAAAAGUCCCCGGCAGACGACGGAACCUUCAUCGUCAAUUUUAGGCACUACGCCAUUACGACGAGAACCGCAGGCGUGUCGAAGCCGUUGCGCAGGAUCAAUGCCGCCGAAAAGUUCAUGACCACCAAGACGAGCCGGCAAAGCAAGAUGCCCAACCUCGGCAAACUCGAAGACAUUGCCGACUACAUGAUGGGCGGCGCCAACGGCGACGGGUACAUGACCGACGCCACGAGCGGCAGCGAGAUUGACACAGAUGCCGAGGUCGAGGUGCUCGACUCGGCACCGAGAAGAGUCCUUUCGGCCAAGGCGCGACAGGCAGCGGAGCAGAGCGGCGAGGCUGAGGCGGAACGCGAGGACAACGUGGAGCGAGUUGGGGUCAAGCUGGUCGAGCUGGGCCCGCGCAUGCGACUGCGCCUGACCAAGGUCGAGGAGGGACUCUGCUCUGGCAAGAUCCUCUGGCAUGAGUACGUGCACAAGAGCAGGGAGGAAGUCAAGGAGCUCGAAAAGAGGUGGGAGAAGAGGAGGCAGGAAAAGGAGGCACGUCGCAAGGAGCAAAAGGCCAAUGUGGACAGGAAACGGGCGCCCAAGGAGGCAAACAAGAAGAGUGGCGAUGGACACGACGAGGAGGGCCGGGACGAGGGUGAUGAGUACUACAGCGACAUGGACGUGGACGAGUUUGACAGCGAGGGCUUGGAGGGGGACGCGGAACUGCAGGUGAAUGAGAUGCUAGAGAAGGAAGACGAGAGCGAAGACUAG